AUGCACCAGAACCCUCGGUCACCGGCAGUGCCUCCUGGGGCGCCGGGGCCCUCCAAGCUCCCCUCCAAACUCCCGCCUCGGAAUGACCUCAAAGACCCGGAAUCCACACCAGCAUCUCCAACGACUGAUAUGCGGGCAAAUCAGAACAGGGGCUUAGGGAUAGAGGCUGGUGGUAGCUCUUCUGAACAGGCUAGGGCGGCAAAUUCAGGGAACGAAGCUCUGGCCAAACUAAAUCAGAUCAUAUCGAAUUAUCACACCAAAGCAGCUUUGAUCAUUCUUCACUCCCGGGUUGAGCUACCGCAAUCUUUCAUAAAAGGCUCCAAUACCCCGCGAGUAAAUCGAUGGUUUAAUGUUGAAUUGGACGAAACCGAUAUCCUGCGAGAAUCGCUGCAAACCUGGCGAAACUGCGACGCCACCGAUAAUCGACCACCCCCACUCAUCAUCGAAACCUUCAUCGACACGAGAGGCCUCACGAAUAAUGAGAGUCUGGUGAUUCUGGAUGAUCACGGAAAACGUUGGGAUGUACAGGAAUCUCUUGCCGCAUCACCAAUCCUUGGCUCGAAGCAAUCGGGGUCCGAAGAGGUCAUUUUGGAACGAUGGAAAAUCGAGUUGGGGGGCUCUGCAAGCAGACCUCCAGCCGAUUUGGCCACCAUUCUGCCAACAGUGUAUAAGAAGAGCAUUGUCCUCUUCCGAUCUUUAUUCACAUACUCCAAGUUCCUACCAGCUUGGAAGUUCUCCCGCGGCAAUGCAAAGGCACGUCGAAGCCCCGCACUGCAGAUUAGGUAUCGUGUGGUAGAUGGAAGCUCUCGCCUGGAAGCGUCCCUGGAUAACUUGACAGCUCCGUUGUUUCAGGGGAAUGGAAAAGUGGUAGAAACAUACAGUUUCGGGGUCACGGAAUCUCCAGCAGGACCCUUCUCGGUGGAGGUCACAUAUCGGACGAACUGUGAUUUCCGAAUUGACGAUUCCGAAGCCCUGCUGAGCUCCCGCUUCAUGGGUGCCGACGAUGAUAUCUUCCGACCUUCAUUACCCAAGGAGGAUACGAUUCGGCCCGAAGUUGGGUCGAUGCCAGUGGGAAGAAGAGCGAUGGAGAACCCGGAUCGUUCGCGGGCGUAUGGGAGUCUAUCAACAUUUCAUCAAGUCGGUCCGGCCGCCGGUUCAAGCCCUAUUUCAGCAUUGCGUGCUGCUCGGGAUGCUGGCGACGGUUCUCCUUCGCCGACAGAAUCAUAUUCCAAGAAGCUACUGCCCGCUGCGAAAAUUGGGGCGACUGGACGAGCGGCCAAGCUUGCAAAUGAGAGUGGUAGCUCGAAGUUUGCUCGGCGCCCCUCUGUUUCUUUCCCGCAUUUCAAAGCAGGCUCUCUAUCUGACUCACCUGCCUUCGAUCAUCCUUUGGGCGUGUCUCCUCGUACCACUACUUCUGCAAGAGGUUCCGCAGCAACAUCUGUUGAUUCACGGAUAAUGCCACCUCCUUCUUCGGCAGCGUCAGCACGACGACCUGCCUCUUUAGUAACCGAUCAUGCGAUACCUUCACCUACCUCGGCAUCUCCAAAGCCUGCACCGCUAUCCAGGUUCAGUAGUUCGUUCAGUCAACGACGAGCUCGCCCAUCUUCAGGAGGCGGCCACAAGUUGGAAGAUGAAACCUCCAGUGGGAAAGCAAGUGCGACAUCAUCCAACAUGCAGCCGGGCUCUGGUCUACUUGCAGAGGUGACUGGAACAAGUGCGGAAUCAAUCCAUGCGGACGAUGAAAACAUUUCUGAUUUCCUCAAGUUUCUUGACCUAAAGAAAGAUCUCAUGAGUCGCCCGCCUAGCUCUGCCUCCCAGAUUUCCGGUCCUCGGAAACCCACUGCCACUUCUGCUUCCCUUGCUCGCUUCCAACAAAUGCGCGACUCGAAUGCUGCACUAUCGGAUUCAAUGUCAGCUUCCGUGCAAAUUCAUCGCUCGUCUAUCUCCUCUAGCAAACAGCUCUCUGGAGUUCCACCAAUGGUAGCUGGUACUUCUAUUUCUACCGCUUCAUCUCCUGGAAAGCCAAUUUCGCCACAUACCCCACAUACCCCUGCCAUUCGAUCCCGUCUUAGCUCCAACAGUGUGGUUGAUGAUAUCAGCACCGAGCACAAUCGACCCAUUCCGCGCAUUGGGCAAGACGGAGGUGGAUCUCCACUUGAUGAGAACUCUAGCAUGGAAACAACGCAGCGAGCCCCGUCUACAGCAGCUGCGAUUGAUAUUCCUACCUCUCCACGACCUUUCGCACCGGCAUUUCGUCGCUCAAGCUCUGCUGCUCAGCGCCGGCGACCGUCUGCCGAGGAAGAUGAUAUCUUUUCAUUCGGCAUGCGAAGCGUCAGCCUUGGGAUCGAAGAGCGCUCCCAUCUCCGGCGGCAGGCAGACCAGGAAACCACGGAUGCUCAUACUUUAUUAGAACCUGGCUCACUGAAUCUGUCCUUGGAAGAUCCUAGCGCACGUGCUCCCCCUGCAGCUGUCAUUACACGGAGCCGGGAUGCUGCAGCACUUCGAAGUCAGACCGUCUCUGUUCCCGCCGCGACAUCCACAUCGUCCAAUGCCAACCUUUAUCAACCUCGUUUUGGUACUCGUGGUCGAGGCUCUUCUGGCGGUCCUCAUUCCCUCAGCUCAGCAUCUAGCAGUCUUGCACGUGGAGGCACGAUCCCACAUUAUCUAACGGAGCGAGAGGAGCGUGAUGGAAACGCUAGUGGUAGCAAUAGUGGCAAUUCUACUAUGGAAAUCAGACGUAGCUCUUUCCAACGCCGUCCACCGCCAUCUCAAUUUGAGGAUGAUGAGCCCUUGCUGUUCGCCAUGAGUGAUUUCGGUGCCUCCCGUCGCAGCUUAGAAGAGAAUCGGCAUGGCAAUCAUGGAGGUGCUGACUCCGGCGCCGGUUCUCGACGUGGCAGUGGCAGACGUGGAGCUGGACCUCCUAGCUGGAACUAG